GCCUCUGCACACAGAUUUUACUGGUUGAAGUCCCUGAGUUUGUUUCCGAACUCCUGGGAGAGUCCACUCAUCUAAGAACGUUUACAGCAGCAGACAGAUCUUUCUACUGUGAUGCUUCACAGUAAGAAGUGGAAAAGUCCCUGUGACAAACACACAUUAGAAUGACGGCCCCAUCCUGAGGGCAGGGCUUGUUGGCUUAGCUGCUCUGUGUCCUCCCUGCAUACUUGUGCUCACCGUGGGACAUUUAGGAUCACAGUCCAUCUGUGACUCUACCGGGAAGCCCGAGACUUUUUAUCCAUUUUGUGCUCAGGCUCCCUGGAGGAAAGACAGCAGGGCAGUCAUCAGUAAUAGCAGCUCAGUCUGGCAUUGGUAGCUUGAAAAGGUAACUACCCUGGCUGUCUUCUCUCUUUGUCCCUUGUUAAGAAGCCACGACGACGCAGCUCUUGGAAGUUAGAGCUGGGCUCUUCUCCCUGCGCAUAAUGCUGAAUGAAUCCAAGAAAUCUGGCUGCCAGUGUCUCUAGUAAUUCUAGAAAGCCACUCUCCAGCUGUGAGCUCUCCAGCUUUGUCCUGGCUGAGGUAGUGCCGUGAGCUGUUUAAAGUGUCUUUCUAAACUUUCACCAUUAACAGAAUCCAUCACUGGAGUAGUGCUGUUAGAGAGACCCUCACUUGACUGAUGACAUCUUGAGCUCUCUCCAGCCUCUGGGUGUGAAUUCCGGAACAAUGUGGACCUUGGCACUAUGGGUGUUCCCUCUACUCUGCAAAUGCAGCCUGGCAGCUCUGCCAGCUAAGCCCGAGAACAUUUCCUGCAUCUUAUACUUCAACAAAAAUAUGACUUGCACAUGGAGUCCAGAGGAGGAGACCAGCGGCACCAACUAUACCGUGAGGCUGACUUACUCCUUUGGGAAAAGCAUUUGCACGGCUUAUACCACGAAGGCUUCGUGCUCCUUUUUCCCUCCGUGUGUGUUACCCCCAGACUACUGCAGCGUGCAAGUAGAAGCUCAGAAUGGAGAUGGGAAAGCGAAAUCCGACAUCACGUACUGGGACUUGGACCACAUAGUGAAAACUGAACCUCCUAUAAUUUUAAGUGUGAAUCCGAUUUCGAAUCAAAUGUUCCAGAUACGGUGGCGACCCCGUGAAAAGCUUCGUGUUUAUCAUCUAAUGUGCAUGCUUCGGUUCAGGACUGUCAACAGUACCCACUGGACGGAAGUCCAUUUCGAGGAUCAUGGCUUGGUCUACAAGAAUUAUAACUUGGUCUACAACCUCAUGGGACUUCAGGCUUUCACGGAAUAUGUCAUAGCUCUGCGAUUCAGGGUCAACGAGUCAAGAUUUUGGAGUCACUGGAGCAAAGAAGAAACCGGAGUGACCACGGAGGAAGUGCCCCAUGUCCUGGACCUCUGGAGAGUCCUGGGACCGACAGACGAGAACGGAGUGAGGAAAGUGCUGUUGCUGUGGAAGAAGGCAAGAGGAGCCCCCGUCUUGGAGAGAACACUUGGCUACAACAUACAGUACUUUGCAGAAAACAGCACUAGUCUCACAGAGAUAAGCAAUGUCACAAACCAGCAGUAUGAACUGCUUCUGACGGGCCAGUCAUACCGCGUGUCUGUGACUUCUUUUAAUUCCCGUGGGAAGUCCCAAGAGGCCGUCCUGAGGAUCCCAGCUGUCGAUGAGGACACCAUCCAGUGCGUCCGCAACGUGGAAGCCCACCUGGCGGAGCCCCUGCUGGUGCUGACGUGGCAGAGCGCCAUUCCUGAGGUGGACACUUGGGUGGUGGAGUGGCUUCCGGAAACCGUCCCGUCCGAGUUCUCUGGCCCUUCCUGGGAAGCCGUGUCUCGGGUCACACACUGGACCGUCGAGCGAGAUAAACUAAAGCCUCUCGUGUGCUAUAACAUAUCGGUGUAUCCAGUGUUGGGGCAACAAGUGGGAGAGCCACGUACGAUCCAAGUGUAUGCCAGAGAAGACGCUCCAUCAGAAGGUCCUAAGACCUGGGCAGAGAACAUUGGUCUGAAGACAGCCACAAUCAUAUGGGAAGAGAUUCCCAAGAGUGAAAGAAAUGGAUUUAUCAACAAUUACACCAUAUUUUACCAAGCUGAAGGUGGAGAAAUAUUCUCCAAGACAGUCGACACCCGUGUCCUGCAGUAUGGCCUGGAGUCCCUGACACGAAGGACCUCUUAUACUGUUUGGGUUGAGGCCAAGACUGGAGCUGGGGGAAAGAGUGGGAACAUAAUAAACUUCAGGACAUUAUCAAUCAGUAUCCUUGAAAUUAUCUGCCUAUCAUCUCUGGUUGGAGGAGGCCUUCUUCUACUUAGCAUCUUCACAGUGACUUUUGCUCUCAAAAAGCCAAACCGGUUGACUCGUCUGUGUUGUCCUGAUGUACCCAACCCUGCAGAAAGUAGUUUAGCCACAUGGAUCGGAGAUAAUUUCAAGGAGAAGUCAAGUCCGAAGGAGCCUGAAAACUCUGGGAACACAGAAGGCAGGGUCCUAAAACCAUGUUCUGUCCCUGCUGACCUCGUUGACAAGUUGAUGGUGAACUUUGAGACUUUUCUGGAAAUUGUUUCUACAGAGGAAGCUAGAAAAGGCCAAGAGAGCAUUUUGGGAGGGGAAGAGAAUGAGUAUGUGACCUCACCAUCUAGGCCUGACUGUCCGCCGGGGAAAAGUUUUAAGGAGGCCCCUGUUUUAACCGAGGCUGCUGUUCCUGGAGAGGCCUAUAACCAAUGUCUGGGAACGACAGAGGAGACAUACACAGAUUUCAACGAGCAGCUUCUGUCUUCCGGCCACAGUCCAGAACGAGAGCCUCUCUGUGAGGAGCGAGCUCCGAAUCCAUAUCUGAAAAAUUCAGUGACAACCAGGGAGUUUCUUAUCCCAGAGCACACCAAGAGAGAAAUCUAAGCGCAGCUGUGGAGUGAGGCCCUCGGAGACUGAAUGGAUCCCUUCCCUAGCAAAGACAGGAGACUUCUGGAAGCCUUCUUCAGCCCCUCCCCAUUCAUUUUGCUGCUGAGCUGCCUGGGACGUGGUGAUUCAGAUGUCAGCUUGUGCUUUACAGGGAAAAAGUAAGUCACUUUCUUCUGGGGACUCUCUCCCAGGCGCCUUGAAAUGAUGGCGUCAAGAGAAGGACCCAGCUUUGGGCUUAAAGGACCCCUGAGGUGGACACGUCUGGCCUUAUUCUCAGGAAGCAAGUUGCCCCGGCCAUUACCGAAGCUGCCCUCCUGGUUCCAGGACAGUUGUUUCCUUGGUCUCUCCGCUUCCUCACCCUGUGCCUGAACAAGAUGUCUCUUCUUGGUGCAGAGGCCAGGAAAUAGAGGGAAUUCCUAAUGGUUUCCCAGGCUCCUCAGCCCUUGCUCCAUCUCAAGGGUCUCCAUCCAUGCUCUUCCUGGGACUCUUCAUCACCCGUUUAUGUUUAGUUUUUUUAUGUUGCAACACUGGGGGGGGGUGUGAACCCAGCGGGGUCUUGCUUAUACUAGGCAAGUGCUCUACCCAUCCCAUCCAUCCCAUCCACAUUGACGGCGGGUGAAUCGGGAAACGCGAGAACCCUCCAGUUAGACUCUGGCUUGGACUGCGGCUAGGUCACAGGUCGGCCUGCGCCGUGGGCCAUUUCUCAGCUCUUGCUGCUCUUCUCUCAUGUGCUCUACCUAGUGGCAGAAGGCACGUGGAUCACUGCAGUGGCUUUUCUUCAGAGCCACUGACCCUCAACACUGGCGUGGAGCCCAGGAGGGCUUACUGAGCAGACCCUACAAAGAUCUCUUCCCAGCCACACACAACCGGGACCCGGGAACAUGGCAUGCUCAGCAACUUUGCUGCUGUAUCAUGAGGACCUCUGUCCCUUUGCUAUAGCCAAGCAUACAGCCUGUGACAAGAGGGAGUCACAGGGUCUGUUUGCUUGGCCUAGGGACCUGUGUGGCUGUGCACUGUAGGCCAGGUCACCGGGAACUGAGAAGAUCACAGUGGCCGAGGCUGUGAGUGAGUGGCCGGAAGUGCGGAGUCAGGUGCGCCCAGGAAGCCUGUGGUACUUUUCUCUAGGAUUAAUUAAUUAAUCUCUAGCCCCAGACCCUGCAUUUCAAGAGAACGACAGCCCAAUUUUCCUGUCAAGACUUGACCUCCCUAGUUUUCCCUGGGACCGAUCCUGAGGAUGCUGAGGAGGGUGGUGUCUGCAGGACUGUGCCGGCCAGAAAGUCUUCUAGAGUCACUUGUUCGUCCAGGCAUGGUUUGGUCAGUGAGCCAUGCACCUGCCCUGUUGGGUCACCGGCCACUUUUCUUGGUUGCAAUCUUACUGUGGGCACAGGAAGUAGAGACUGCUUCCCGGAAGCCUCCCGCCCUCCAUAGGCCUGUGAGUCCCUGUGUCUCAGUGACUGGCCCUUUCCCCGGCCCUGCUUUUUGCCCCUAGUUUGCUGACUGUUUAUAGCUCAGGAAACCGGGGAGGGACAUGAGGGAGCUGGAUUCUCACUCCUGGAAGAGAUAAUCAAGGGCAUUCCCACACCUCUUCUCUCCAACCCUUCAGCCUCUAGCUGGGAGAAUCUCAGACCCCAUGGGAGCGUAGUGGAGCUGGCAGAGUCUCAAAGGGGUCCCCAGAAAAAAGACACGAUGAGGCUUUUGAAUCUAAAGCCCAUGAACAGUGGGGAGAGAGAAAGAGACAAGUGGAGAGAAUACACACACACACACACACACACACACACACACCACA